AUGAAACUUAUUAACGAGAAUAUUGAUAAUUCUUUCUUAUCAUUAAAAAAUUUUCAUAACAAUAAAACUACUUUAGUAGAUCUACCAAAUGAAAUUUUACUUCGUAUUUGUCGUUAUUUAUCACCAGCUUAUGUUCUUUAUUCGUUUUAUACACCUGAAAAACUUGAAACACGUUUACAUCGUUUAAUAAUUGAUUAUUAUACAAAAAUAAAACUUGAUAAAAUACGAUUUGCUGAAUAUGGCUACAUUCAUCGAUUAUUUAAUGAUUCUAAUAAUACUCUUCAACCUGAAUCACUAAUAUUAAGUAAUGAAUAUAUAACUUGUUUAACAGAACGAUAUUUUAAUUAUUUUCGUAAAAAUCUUAUUCAAUCAAUAUUCAUCAAUUUGAAACGUUUUACAUUAAUCAAUUGUUCUACAAGUGAAACUCAACAAAUUGAUAGAGACUAUAUCGAUAAUCUAACACAACUUUAA